AUGUCCCAGCUAGAUCAAGUCAGAAUGCCCUUUCCCGAAGAAAUUCAAACUUUUGAAAAAAAUAUUGGGCAGCACAACAAUGCGGGCCAAUGCGAUUGCGCUGAAAAAUUAAAGGCUAAAAAAAUUAAACGGGUAAUUGAAAAGUUCAACUCUGAAUUGGACCCGUACAGCGACGACGAAGUCAACAUCAAGGCAACCGACAUCAAAACCACGGCUGCCAAUGGAACGGAUCUAAAAUGGUGGCGCCCCCACGACAUCAUCGAAGACAUGGUCAAGACAGAAGAAAUUGAAGGACAAGAAAACUUUGCCGAAGACGAAAAGAUGAUCUACUUUUUCAGGGAAAACAAGCUGGAUCCAAAGGAGCGACUCAAGCCUCGAAAUUUUUUGAUGGAAUCAGUCUUUUGCGAUCCAAAAACUGAUGCCGAAAGACCAAUUUCAACUGGACGGGAUGGUGAAUGUGUUAUUCCAUUUUACUAUCCGAAAUUCACCCGAAAGACACUUGGAACUGGAAUGAGCGAGUACGACAUUGAGUUGAGCGCAGGACCUGUUCCCAAAAUGAUAAUUUUCACAGGAAUGCCCUAUUCACAAGCUAGUCAAAUGACAUUUGAAAAGUGCAUCUCAAAGACUACAAUGGAACAUCCAUUUUUCAAAAUUCAAGAAUUUACCAUUUACAUUGAUGGUCAGCCUGCAUAUCGAUCUCCUUGGUCAACUGCAACUCAGCACUACAUCAACUUUAUGAAACACAAUGGACGAUGGGAGAAUGCAGCUACAGCUAGCGGACUCGACUAUUUUGUCUUUAAAGGGCAAAAUUGGUUGGUGCCGCUCAUUUUCGACAAUGAUGGUGAAGGUCAAACUGCGCUCGUUACUGCAAAAAUCAAAUUUGCCGAUACGCUUGUGCAACAAUGGGAUGCAAUGAUUAUGAGGCUGCCAGUGCGAGAGCUGUUUUUGGACGCCAAAGCUCGAGAGGCAUCUGUGGUGGGCGGUACUCGGGUCAUGAAAACUACUGCAAGGGGCACAAAGCGAAGGGCCGAAACUAUCCCACCGCCUCCCAAGGCUGCUCCAAAACGAAGACGAAGGGGUUAA